UGAACAGAGCAGGUUGAAUCUACACGGUUCUCAUGCUGUGGUUAAAUGCGCAGCUCUGCCCAGCAACGGUUCAUUGUAGAGUCCAGAUUUGCUCCGAGAAAUCAUGGCAGAAGAAACCGUUUCAGCAGCUGCUGCGACCAAAGCGGCCAAGAAGAAAUCAGUAGCCAAACGCAAGAGAACAGGCCCAAACGUCCGCGAGCUCAUUGUCAAGGCUGUGUCCGCAUCUAAGGAGAGGAGCGGUGUGUCCCUCGCUGCCCUGAAGAAAGCGCUCGCUGCCGGUGGCUACGAUGUGGAGAAGAACAACUCCCGCGUCAAGAUUUCCGUUAAGAGUUUGGUGACUAAUGGCAUCCUGGUCCAGCCCAAAGGGACCGGCGCUUCCGGCUCCUUCAAGCUCAACAAGAAACACACCGAGACAAAACCCGCCAAGAAAGCUGCUCCUAAAGCCAAGAAGCCCGCAGCCAAGAAACCUGCUGCCGCUAAGAAGCCCAAAACUGCAGCAGCAAAGAAACCCAAAACUGCAGCAGCAAAGAAACCUGCCGCUAAGAAAUCGCCGAAGAAGGUCAAGAAACCAGCCGCUAAAAAGGCAACAAAGAGUCCCAAGAAGGCAAAGAAACCAGCAACUCCUAAGAAAGCAGCCAAGAGCCCAAAAAAGGCAAAGGCAGCCAAACCCAAAACGGCGAAACCUAAAGCAGCCAAGCCUAAAAAGGCAGCAGCAAAAAAUAAAUAA